ACUCACAAAUGGGUGCUACCAUAGUGGAUGCAUUGGAUACUCUUUAUAUCAUGGGACUUCACGAUGAGUUCAGAGAAGGACAAGAGUGGAUUGACAAAAAUCUUGAUUUUAGUGUGAACUCCGAAGUGUCUGUUUUUGAGGUCAAUAUUCGCUUCAUUGGUGGUCUCCUGGCAGCGUACUACCUUUCAGGACAGGAGGUUUUCAAGAUCAAAGCGGUGCAACUGGCAGGAAAACUUCUUCCAGCCUUCAACACACCUACGGGUAUACCAUGGGCAAUGGUGAAUCUGAAAAGUGGUGUGGGUCGAAACUGGGGCUGGGCUUCUGCUGGCAGCAGCAUCCUCGCUGAGUUUGGUACUCUGCACAUGGAAUUUGUCCACCUCAGCUAUCUGACAGGGGACCCUGUGUAUUACAACAAGGUCAUGCACAUUCGGAAGUUACUUCAAAAAAUGGAUCGUCCUAAUGGACUUUAUCCAAAUUAUUUGAAUCCAAGAACAGGCCGAUGGGGUCAGCAUCACACAUCCGUGGGCGGGCUGGGAGACAGUUUUUAUGAAUAUUUAUUGAAAGCCUGGCUUAUGUCAGACAAGAUGGACACAGAGGCAAGGAAAAUGUACGACGAUGCAAUUGAGGCCAUAGAAAAACAUCUCAUCAGAAAGUCCAAUGGAGGACUGACCUUCAUUGGGGAGUGGAAGAAUGGGCACCUUGAAAGAAAGAUGGGCCAUUUGACCUGUUUUGCAGGGGGAAUGUUUGCCCUUGGAGCAGACGGUUCCAGAGAUGAUAAAGCUGGACAUUAUUUGCAGCUUGGAGCUGAAAUCGCACACACGUGUCACGAGUCGUAUGACAGGACAACAUUAAAGCUGGGUCCAGAAGCAUUCAAGUUCGAUGGUGGCGUCGAGGCGGUGGCAGUGCGACAGAAUGAGAAGUAUUACAUCCUCAGGCCAGAAGUGAUUGAGACCUACUGGUACAUGUGGAGAUUCACCCACGAUCCCAAGUACAGGCAGUGGGGCUGGGAGGCAACGCAGGCAAUUGACAAGUAUUGCCGAGUCAGCGGUGGCUUUUCCGGUGUCAAGGAUGUCUAUUCCUCAUCUCCUACCUACGAUGACGUACAGCAGAGCUUUUUCCUUGCCGAAACUUUGAAGUAUUUGUAUCUGCUCUUCUCCAAUGAUGACCUUCUACCAUUAGACAACUGGGUUUUUAACACAGAAGCUCAUCCUCUGCCUGUUUUACAUUUAGCCAACACCACACUGUCAGGAAAUCCUGCAUAUCGAUAAAAACAGCUCUAUGAGGAGGAAAAAAAAGACUGUUUUCAGCUCUGAUUUGUUUACAUGGACCACUUGAGACUUUGAAGCAGGAGAGGAGACAGACACUUGAUAAAACUAGACCUCUGAGUCAAGCAAAUGACCGGCGUGAGAAACAAAGCUCUUCAACAUAUAGAUAAGUUAAAACUGAAAAAAGAAAAAAAGUUCUGUUUUAUACAUGACCAAAACACAUUAGUGUGGUAUUUGCAGGACAGAGUCUUCAUGUGCUUUGAACCCUGGCAAGACAUGGAAUCUAUGUUCAAUACAACUGCAGCAGCACAAGGAAGAAGAGGCUUUUGUGUCCAGGGAGAGGAACUUGCUGCUGCUGUUGGCUGUUGCAAGGAACAACACACCAGUCACCUCUUCAGAUCGGGUGGGUUCCAAAUAUUUAGAUUUAAUUUUUUUUUUUUUUUUUUUUGGUAUUUGAUGAUGGCAUGAACAAAGCAACAACAAAAAGCAACGUCACUGCACCAGCAGCAUCAGGAUUUGAAUUUUUUUUUUCUGUACCUG